AAUAAAUUGAUAUUAUUCUAUGUUUAGGCAAAGAUUUUUCCAAUUUUGAAAAAAAAAAAAAAUUGUUCUAAAGCAAUAUUCGACCUUGCCGAAUGCCCAGACCUCAUAGUUGGAACUUGGAAGCAUUACACAUUUACACUACGAUUUUCGUACGUAUUUCUCUACAUUUCUUCAUCCAUUUCAAUUUCCCAGCCUUUUCAACCAAAUUUUCACACUCUAUUUCCCUCAUUAACUUCUCUUUUAAUUCCCCUUAUUUGAUGAAUGAUGAACAAAGAAGAUUGAGAGCAAAAUAAUUCUGGGUAAAUCAAACUUUCCCCAUAAAUUGAAUUCAGAAUCGCAAAAACCCAGAAAUUGUCACUCGCUUUUAGGAGUAAGAAAUGGGUAGGAGUCAGUGUGAGAUGGAUGUAGAUGAUGGUCCUGAGGAAGAACCUGAACUUGAAGAGAGUGAUUCACCUGACCAAAAUCAAACCAGCCCUCCUGCAAAUGGGAAUGGAAAUAUGAAUGGAAAUGGAAAUGAAAAUGAAAAUGGGAAUGGGAAUGGGAGUGUCAAUGGGACUGAUAACUCGUCGAAGAGGGCGCGUGGUGGCGGUGGCGGCGGGGAAGAACAUGAAGCAGGUGGAGCAUCUGAUAACAAGACCCAAAAUGGUGUUGGUGGGGACCCUACAACGCCUCGGUCCUCCUCAGGGAGACCGUUGAUAAGAACGUUUCAUGAUGCCAGUGGUGGGCGCUCUAGUAAUGGUGCCAAGAGGCUUAAGAUGAUUGAAGAGGAUGAGGAAGCCGGGACUAAAGAAGAACAAGCCGAGUUCAUCAAAGAGCUUGAAGCCUUUUAUAAGGAAAGAUACAUGGAAUUUAAGCCCCACAAGUUUUAUGGAGAGCCUCUAAAUUGCCUUAAGUUGUGGAGAGCUGUGAUUCAAUUGGGUGGAUAUGACAGGGUUACCACAUACAAGCUGUGGCGGCAAGUUGGAGAAUCUUUCCAUCCGCCCAAGACCUGCACUACAGUUUCUUGGACAUUUCGAAUUUUCUAUGAGAAGGCACUUCUGGAAUAUGAAAAACACAAAAGAGAAAUUGGUGAGCUUGAAUUUCCUGAUGCAACAAUGCCUGAGCCAUCUGCUGAAAAUGAGGGAAAUGCUUACCAAGCCAGUUCAGGAAGGGUGAGGAGAGAUGCUGCUGCUCGUGCAAUGCAGGGUUGGCAUGCUCAGCGGGACAUUGGAUUGGGAGAAGUAGGGGAGCCCAUUAUUAAGGAUAAGAGCAUCAAUUCUUCACAAAAACGUGAAAAGCAUCUGAAAAAUAUUGGUGUAAAGCAGAAGAAACCAAGUAAUCCGGAGCUUGCAGAAAAUGAGAUGCCUGAAGCAAACAAACAGACGGUGCCAACAGUUCUGGAUGUCGGCCCCCCAGCUGAUUGGGUGAAAAUUAAUGUCAAAGAAAGUAAAGAUUGUUAUGAGGUUUAUGCCUUAGUUCCUGGGCUUCUUCGAGAGGAGGUCCGCGUUCAGUCUGAUCCUGCUGGUCGUCUGGUCAUCACUGGUCAGCCAGAGCAGCUUGACAAUCCCUGGGGCAUCACUCCAUUUAGGAAGAUUGUUAUCUUUCCGGUGAGGAUAGAUCCACUACAUACUUCUGCUGUUGUUAGCUUACAUGGAAGGCUCUUUGUCCGUGUUCCUUUUGACCGGUCAACUACCUGAACAUUCUUCGUGCAGAUUCUAGUGAUUCUCAUUAGUCUACCAGGAAAGUAUAAAAGGAGCAGAAGUUGCUACUUUGGGGGGAAGAAUGUUGGAAUUAGAGAAGCUGACUAAUUGUUGUUCUUAGGUUAGGAGGAUUAAGGGACAUCUGAUUUCUUGCCUGCAACUUUGUGGCUCUAGUGACAUUUGUAGUGGUACAGCUUCCAAUUUUGUAAAUUUAAGUAGAUGGAAUCAAUUCUGUUCAUUGUUGAAUGAAUGUAUAAUGCUCUGUUAA